CCCUUCCUGCCAACGUUGCAUUUGGCCCAGGCCCCGUCCAUGGCCGCCCUUGGGACCCUGCGCUGAGCCCCGGAGGCCCCGGCAUCCGGGGCCACGCCGCUCCCAAGGGCCGAACGUGUAUCAGGAUCCCAAGGACCGCCGUGGGGCCGCGGGCGCCUGCCAGGCGGACAUGAGGCGGAGGCUGCGCCUACGCGGAGAAGCGUCGCUCACGCUGCUCCUCGGCGCCGCCCUCGGCCUCCUGCUCUAUGCGCAGCGCGAUGGCGCGGCCCCGACGACGAGCGCGCCGGGAGCUCAAGGGAGGGCGGCGCCGGGGCCCACCCCGGGGCUCCGUGUAUUUCAGGCGCCGGACGCAGGCGCAGCCCCGCCGGCCUACGAAGAGGAUACGCCGGAGCCGCCCACGCCCACGGGACCCUUUGACUUCGGCCGCUAUCUGCGAGCCAAGGACCAGCGGCGCUUCCCUCUCCUCAUUAACCAGCCGCACAAGUGCCGAGGAAAUGGCGCACCCCCCGGCGGACCCGACCUGCUCAUCGCCGUCAAGUCGGUGGCUGCGGACUUCGAGCGGCGCCAAGCCGUGCGCCAGACGUGGGGUGCUGAGGGUCGCGUGCAGGGGGCGCUAGUGCGCCGGGUGUUUUUGCUGGGCGUGCCCCGGGGCGCGGGCACAGACGGGGCAGACGCGGAGGGGGCGGGCACUCGAACGCACUGGAGCGCCCUGUUGCGUGCUGAGAGCCGUGCGUACGCGGACAUCCUGCUCUGGGCCUUCGACGACACUUUCUUCAACCUAACGCUCAAGGAGAUCCAUUUUCUGGCCUGGGCCUCCGCCUACUGCCCCGACGUGCGCUUCGUUUUUAAGGGCGACGCCGACGUGUUUGUGCACGUGGGAAACCUGCUGGAGUUCCUGGGGCCAAGGGACCCGGAGCAGGACCUGCUUGCAGGUGACGUGAUAGUGCAGGCGCGGCCAAUCCGCGUGCGGGCCAGCAAGUACUACAUCCCUGAGGCUGUCUACGGCCUGCCCGCCUACCCGGCCUACGCAGGCGGCGGCGGCUUCGUGCUCUCGGGGGCCACGCUGCGCCGCCUGGCCGGUGCCUGCUCGCAGGUUGAGCUUUUCCCCAUUGACGACGUCUUUUUGGGCAUGUGUCUACAGCGCCUGCGUCUCACGCCUGAGCCUCACCCUGCUUUCCGCACCUUUGGCAUCCCUCGACCUUCAGCCGCUCCGCACCUCCGCACCUUCGACCCCUGCUUUUACCGCGAGCUGGUUGUAGUGCACGGGCUCUCGGCUGCUGACAUAUGGCUUAUGUGGCACUUGCUGCACCGGCCGCACGGGCCAGCCUGUGCGCGUCCAUGGCCUGUCGCUGCGGGUCCCUUCCAGUGGGGCCCCUAGCCACCUGUCACAGCUCCAAGCCCCCCUCAUUCAGACCCAGGAUGUAAGUGGGAGGUAGCUUGAAGAGUAGGUUUCCCAGGCGGAUUAGUGCUGUGUAUGUCGUUCUUCCCCAGAAAGGGGCAUCCAGGUGUCUGCCUCCAGAAGGUCCCAGGGAGUGAAGAUUGAGCUUGGUUCCUGCUGACCCACCCUAUUGGGAGGUGAUCUGGAGCAAAUCUAAUGGUGGCCCUUUGAGACAGCCAGGGCUGAGGUGGUGGUGAACCAGGCUCUUUGCCAAGCAGGUGAACGUGCUUGGUCCUCCUAGUAGGGACGUGGGUGGGGGUGGGGGUGGCAGAGGCUCAUGGAAUCUGACCAUACUUCUUAGUUUGGAACCCCUAGAGUGAUGCCAACAAAUGCAGAUCUUUCUCAAGGCUGGACCCCACAGGGAUGGGUAGGGGCCUAGCCUCAGUCCUCACGGAACCGGCAGAUUCUGCCACAACUCAAUCUGAAAGUAGGUGUUUUGCUUCCUAUUUGCCCCUUCAAACUGCAUUCUUAGCCACGUCUAGGUCUUUAGAUCUGCUUUCCUGGGGCCAACGCCUCCUGAGCCCUGGACUAGCUGGAACAUUAGGGAUGGAGGCACACAGGGACUGAGCGCAUUGUCCUACCUAGUCUUCCCCCACGUCCAGCUACCCACCUACAC